CCACCAUCAGGCUUUCAGCGCUUCAGAAAUCGCUCCGCCGUUUGUUUGAGGAGCAAAUUGGGGCCAGUCUGGCAACAGAGUGCCAGCCAAUUUCUUGAGAGUUUCAAGCAUGAAAAGGGAAUCCCUACGCGUCGAGUCAAAUACUCAUGCGUCAUGCUUGGGUGAUUUCGCUUCGGCACAAAAGGCCGUUGCAUCGAUCCCAUCGGAUCAGCACGAGAACGCCACGCGCGUCUGUUCUGUUCUGAUCGAUCCGAACUGGAUCUACUUUAUGACAUGUUACGAACAUAUACCCGCUAUGCUAUUUGUUUGAUUCCAAUCAUAUCACUUCCAUAGUGUUCAUGCAAUCUCACACAUUACGCUUCCAAUUUCUUCAACUGUCGUAAAAAGCAGUAGUUCCUUG